AAAGGUGUCAUCUUCUUUCUUUCUCUUUUUUUCUUUGCUUUCUUCCUCUUUCUCUGCGUUCUUACUUUACAAGAGAUAAAUAUCUUCCAUAUCUUUUCAAUAAUAACAUCAGUUUAUACAAUCAUAUUUUUAAAUAUCAAUAAAGGAAAAAAAUUAAUGUUUCAUGAUUCAUAGGUUUAUAUUAUAAUUUGAGAACAAUGAGUUGUUCUUAAAGAAUAAACCUUGUGUUCUCCAUUUUUUUUCUUUUGUUGUAAAAAUUUCUUAUUUUGUUCGAUCUUUAAUAAACAGGGUUCAUUAGUUUGGGAGAACGGCAGGGUUUAAACAACGUGUUUUGUAGUAAAGAGUGAUCAAGACAUUGUAAAAAUGUCUUCGUCAUCUAAUUCAUCACCUUCGGAUUCAUUCUCUUCGGAUUCUUCAUCAAAUUCACCUCCAUCAGACUCAUCCUCUUUGAGUUCUCCACUAGCUGACUCAUCGUCAAAUUCUCCGCCAUCCAAAGAGAAUUCACCUUCAUGGAAUGAUUCAGAAUCUAAAUCCCCCCCUUCUCAAAAUAAUUCUUCACCUUCUCCACCAUCUAGUGAUGAUAAUAACUCAUCUCCUUCCGGUAGUAACAAUAAAAACAGUGGCAACAAUAAUACCGAUAACAACAGCAAGAACAACAACAAUAAUAAUAGUAACAAUGAUAACAACAACAAUAAUAGUAACAACAACAACAGUAAUGGUAACAACAACAACAAUGGUAACAAUGGCAAUAACAACAACAACAAUAACAACAAUGGUGACAAUAAGAAUGACAAUAGCAACAAUAGUAACAUUAACAAUAAUAAUAAUAGGAAAUCUCCACCUCCAUUAAAAUCAACAAAUUCAAAUGGAGGUUCACCACCUCCACCACCACCACCACCACCACCUCCUCCACCACCACCGCCUUCUUCUCCUUUUCGUCCCAACUCUGGGUCUCUUUUUCCUCCGAAGCAUAAGUCACCACCAAUCAAGUCGUUAGAUCAUAAUAACAAGACUGAUGAUAACAGAACAUCCAUCAUUGUGGGAGUUGCUGCAGGAGCAGGGUUAUUGAUCCUUGUCAUGUUAGUUUUCCUCAUAUCUUGCUGUAAACGAAAAAGAAGAAGGCCACGUGACCAAAUGGGCUACUACAGGGAUAAUUCUCAUGGAGGCAAGAGUACUGACUACUAUAAUAGUGGACAAUAUGGGAAUUGGCACAACAACAACAAUGUUAUAUCAACUGAACAUAUGGUUAAGAUGCCUACUACUCAACCAACUAGUACAAAUGUAAGUUCAGAAUUGAGCUGGCCAAUAGCACCUCCACCACCACCACCAAUGAUGAGUAGCAGUGAAAUUAGCUCUGCCGCUUUUUCUGGUCCAUAUCAACCUCCAUUACCACCCCCACACCCAUCUAUGGCUCUUGGUUUUAACCAAAGCAGUUUCACCUAUGAUGACUUAUCUGUUGCAACCGGAGGAUUUUCAAAGUCCAAUCUAUUGGGACAAGGUGGUUUUGGCUUUGUGCAUAAAGGGGUGUUGCCUAAUGGUAAGGAUGUAGCAGUGAAAAGUUUAAAAGCUAAUAGUGGACAAGGUGAACGAGAAUUUCAAGCUGAAGUUGAAAUCAUUAGUCGUGUCCAUCAUCGGCAUCUUGUAUCCUUAGUGGGUUAUUGCAUUGCUAGAUCUCAAAGGUUGUUGGUGUAUGAGUUUGUUCCCAACGACACUCUUGAGUAUCAUCUUCAUGGACCUGGUCGCCCAAUAAUGAACUUUCCUACAAGGCUUAAAAUUGCAUUAGGAUCUGCCAAAGGUUUUGCGUACCUUCAUGAAGAUUGCCAUCCUCGCAUUAUUCAUAGAGACAUUAAAGCUGCAAAUAUUUUGUUGGACCAUAACUGUGAAGCUAAGGUGGCAGAUUUUGGUUUAGCUAAACUUUCAUCAGACACUAAUACACAUGUAUCUACGCGUAUCAUGGGCACCUUUGGGUACUUAGCACCAGAAUACGCUUCAAGUGGGAAGUUAACUGAAAAGUCUGAUGUCUAUUCUUAUGGUGUUAUGCUCUUGGAACUUAUUACCGGUCGUCGUCCUAUAGACAUCAACAGUGAUGAUGACACAUUAGUGGAAUGGGCUAGGCCAAUUCUCAUUCGGGCAACAGAGGGUGGAAAUUACGACGAAUUAAUAGAUCCACGUUUGGAAGGAGAUUUUGAUGCCCAAGAGAUGCUAUGUAUGGUCGCCUGUGCUGCUGCAUCAAUUAGACAUUCUGCAAGAAGACGUCCCAAAAUGAGUCAGAUUGUACGUGCUUUAGAAGGUGAUGUAUCUCUGGAUGAUUUGAAUGAGGGAAUGAAGAAGAAUAAUAGUGCAAUGUUUGGUUCUGGUGAAAGUUCUGACUACGACGGAGGUUCAUAUGACCUUAAGAAGUUUAAGAAAUCUAGAAUAUCAAGUCAAGAAUUCACAAGCGGUGAACAUGGUACAACAGGUGAAUUUGUCCAUUCUAGCGGUGAAUCUCACGAACUUGGGCAGAUAAAACGUAGACCUUGAGGAAAAUGGAUGAUGCCUUCAACUUCUGAUGGAGCAAUAAGUAAUAAUUUAAUUACAAAACAAACAUUUGUUGGGUUUACAAGGAUGCUUCAGGUAUUGAAAACAAGUUUUCUGGUGGAAUAAUUAUGUAUUUCCAUGGCAACUGUGAAGCUUUAUUAGAGAAUAGACGGAGGUUGGUAAAGACUAUAACAUCUCCCAAUCAUUCAGUGGUUGGGUUUGUUUAUCAGUUGAGUGAUUUUGUUUUGUUCGGGUUAGGAGUUGGGAUAUUGAUUGUGCCUUAUUUUCAAUAUAUUCCUUUCAUGAAUAUUCUAAUUACAUAUUUAUUAAUCUUUUUUGUA